AGGUGUCUUUGUGUAAGAAUCAAGACAACUAUUUUUCUUGUCCUUGAAUUAAUUUCAACAUUUCGUAUUGAAAUUGAAUUUCUGUGUGACAAAUUUACACGAUUUACAAGAAACUAGUAGCUUCUCUUAUAGCAUAUAGUUACACCAAGAAUCCAUUUUUUGUGUUUUUGGUAUUUAAUCAUUAACAAAAUUCAAACUCUUUUGUUAGUCCACCUUAGAUCAUGCAUCCAACGAACAGACUCCUUUUUUGUUAUCAAGCGGUUAGGAAUUUUUUGGAUAUCCUCAACAACAUAUAGCAAGACAGAUUUUUUUAUUAUUAUUUGACAGUGGAAAAGUUGAAGGGGGUAAAACAUCCAUCAUUUUAUGUACAGCUGAUUACAUGGUACUACAACCCUAUUAUUUGGUUUGGGAGAUCCCACCAACCAGACUGGUAGUAGUUACAUCCUCUCUUGACUAAACACUUUCACAACUUUUUACUCAAAAAAGCACAGCCAUUGUUUGAAUUUAUGUACUUAUAUAACACAUGCUCAAAAGGCUUUCUUGACAAUCUCUGUGUCUCUCUGAAACCAUUCAACAAAAUCAGAUUUAGCAAGAAAAUGGCUGCUUUUCUUCACUCAAAAGGGCUCAUUCUGCGACUGAUCGUCAUCUUGGCUCUUAGUAUAAUAGCCUUGCACGCAAGUGAGCCGCCUCUAACCUUAGAUUACUACAAAUCAACGUGCCCCUCCAUGCUUGAAGUAGUCCGGAAAGAAAUGGAAUGCGUGGUGCUCUCUGAUCCGCGCAAUGCAGCCUUGAUCCUACGAUUGCAUUUCCACGACUGCUUCGUUCAGGGGUGUGAUGCAUCAGUGCUGCUGGAUGACACAAUCACACUUCAGGGUGAGAAGAGGGCAUCCAACAACAUACAUGCCUUGAAGGGGUUCAGAAUCAUUGACAGAAUCAAGAACAGGCUCGAGUCCGACUGCCCUGACACGGUCUCCUGUGCUGACAUCCUCACCAUUGCUGCUAGGGAUGCAGUCAUCUUGGUUGGUGGACCUUACUGGCCUGUUCCACUAGGCAGGAAGGACUCAAAAACUGCAGGCUAUGCUCUCAGUGAUGCUAACCUUCCCACCGCAGACGACGGCCUUCUCUCCAUUAUCUCAAAGUUCAUCUAUCAAGGCCUCUCUGUCACUGACAUGGUUGCUCUUUCUGGGGCUCAUACAAUCGGCAUGGCGCGUUGCGUGAACUUCAGGGACAGAAUCUAUGGAGACUUCUCUACAACUGCAGGAACAAAUCCAGCCUCAAAGAGCUAUCUGAGCAAACUGAAAUCAGUGUGCUCACCUAUCAAGGGAUCAUCGGACCAGAACGAAUCAGCCAUAGACUACGUCACGCCCAAUCUGUUCGACAACUCCUACUACCAGAUGCUGCUUAGGGGAGAAGGGCUGAUCAAUUCGGAUCAAGAACUUUACUCUAGUGUUCUAGCAGUUGAGACCAAGAAACUUGUCCAAAAAUAUGCUGAAAAUGCAGUUGCCUUCUUCGAACAAUUCGCCGAAUCUAUGGUGAAAAUGGGGAAUAUAACGAAUGCAGACACUUAUACUAAUGGAGAAGUGAGGAGGAACUGCAGAUUUGUCAACACUUGAAGCCUUUCUGCAACAAUGAAAUCAAGAAUGAAGUUGAUGCCUUUACUUAUUUCAUUAUUUUUGUAUUCACCACAAACAUUUCUUGUAUAAGUAUACCACUUGGGUUUAAAUCAAAAAUUCAACUUUUUCUUAGAGUUUA